UGCUUUCGUGUUGAGCCAUGAGUGGAGUGAGACGGGCCAUUUUCAAAGUAUUCAAGCGACGAGAUAGACGCCUGGGAAAUGAGACAUUUGAGGUGUGCUUGUGGCUAUUGGAACACGCACCCAUUUCCUCUCAGUGGCACUUAAAGUCUGUUUCUGACGUGUAAAGACUAACAUAAGGUGAUCGGAGUUUUCUGUCAAGCUAGAAAAUGGCGCUCUUGACACGAUAUUUCCAACUUGGCGACCCUGGCGGGACUCAAGUGUUUAAUUUCAUUGUCACCAAGGCCGUCACCAGGGACUUGAAGCGAGAUGUUAUCAGCAAGGAUUUUGGAAGCGAGAUGUUAUCAGCAAGGAUUUUGUACGGAUUUCACCGUUGGGCCCUGUCUUUUUCUAGAGAGGAAAAGACCCUGGGGAUCUAUUUGGUAUGGCGCAGUCCCUCCGACGGCGUCAAUGUUUCCUUAGAUCUACGCGUCACCCUGUUGAACCGGGAGGCUUUUGACGAGAACCGAACCUUCACCAUGAGAAAAGCCACGUUCCUCACCGGCUACCAUCAGAAUGGCAACCGCGGGUUCAUAAAAAUCGGCGAUCUUCUCACGCAUCGGCCUCGCUUCGUGGAUACCAACGGCGAAUUCCAGGUGGAACUGCGCCUCUCCAAAGUCGAAACCUAUUUCGAGAAGGACCUGUUCUUUCAAAGGAACUUAAAAGAGCCCAUGAAGAAUGCGUCAAGUGCCUCAACACUCACUCAAGUGUCUAAUGAAUUUCACUAUGGUGUAUUUACCUGGACAGUGACAGUCAAACCCCAAAUGUUGCUAACCUGGAGGCAGGAUUCUCCAGGGAUCAAUGUGGUCCUCACUCGAAAAUUUCGCGCCAAUUCUCAAUCCCUUCUCUGUCGACUCAACUACACCUAUUCAGCGGGUGCUGAAGACAAACACGUGGAAAGUGACCGUCGAGACGAAAUGAUUGGCACCAAUGAAAACGGUAUCCCGUGGAGUCCCAAGAUUCGGCUCCAAGAUUGCUAUGUGAAAAAGAUCCGGGACGGCGGAAUGGUCAGAAUUCGGAUUGAUCUCCAUUCCGCUCACGCCAUGUCCGAAUACGUCAUGAGCACCUCGGCUUCCUCCUCGACCAAUGGCGAUAGCUUUGGUCAAAUUGACUCGCUGGUCAACGCCUUAUCCCGGGAGAAUAGUGGCAACAUCGCUGUCGUGGGCACGGACGCUGAUGCCGCCAAUUGGGCUUUGGAAACUGAUACUCAUUCGAGCUUCAUGCGGUUCUCGCUCUUAUUUUUGGACAUCAACAAAAUCCCGCGGAACCAUUUAAGAUUGGUCCAAUGGCGAUCGUUUUUGGUCCGUCAUUCCAAACGAUGGCGAGGUCAUCGAGAUGAGAAGGAACAGAUUGAGUUGGUGGAUUUCCAGUCUGGAAAUGUGUUCUCUCGAUAUUACUUCCACGAUGAAUCCGACCAGGGGGUGAUGAUGGAGACCACUAUUCCAACCAAAGAGGUUAAGGAAGGGAUUAGCGAGUUCCUCGAGGAUAACGCCUACAUCCGGGUGCGUAUUCAAUGGGAGUACAGUCAUCAGCUCUUUCAAGCCACUGUACAUCAAUAUGACGACAUUGUUCGACAGCACAAUGUACAAAUGAGGGACGAGAUCGGGAAUUUGAAGGAAAAAAUCCGUCAUUUGGAGUUGAUCGUCUUGAAAAUGAACGAAGAGAAGCGACGUCAUCCCACCCAGAGGAUUAAUAAUCAACACGAUCAGGAGCAAUUCGUCAAAAAGGGAUCCGCGGGUUCCAUGGAUAGCAACCACAGCGUGGACUCCUCAUCUUCCAGUGAACACAACAACAACAACAACAACAGUAGCAGUAGCCAGGGCAAGGACUUGAGGACGUCGAGCCUCAACGACGAGAUCUUCAUCAAUUCUCGGGAACUACUUCCACCCCAAAAGAGGAUUCAUCAACUCGGUCGGUCUCCUCCCAAGCAUCAGUAUUCAUUGGAUAGUGGGAGUGUCAUUCCUCCCGAGCAACAGCGAGGCCGGCCUCGAUCGGCAAACAUCCUGACUCUGCCCAUUAAUUCAUUGGUUCCACCUGCCCCCGGAGGACCCACUAUGUCCCGCUCUCCUUCACCCCGCCCAUUACGAUCGCCCUUGUGUCGUCGAGUGGUCCGACAAAAGACCAUGGGCGAUCGACCCCAUCCACAUCCACCCCAACCUCAAGCGGCCUCCAGUUGGACCGACAUUCGGCCUCCACCCUCUUUGAACACACCCGUCACUUCUCAUGAGAAUGUGAGCUCAGGAGGUGGCGCGGGAGCGGGAGCUGGAGGUGGGUCUGGCUCGGCUAGUUUGUGGUCCUCGCCCACUUUGAGGCGUGUGUUUGCACCCUUAAAGCAGUCCCUCUCCGUGAGUGCGGACAGUUUGCCCAAUCGGACCAACAAAUCGCCUUUGGUAAAGACGCCUUGGGCGAACAUCAAACUGGCUCAAAUGUCCAAGUGUCAAAGUGUGGACUAGAAUUAGUCGUAAGGAAGUAGUUUCAAAGUACUUGUAACACAGAUUUACAAUCACCGAUAUCCUUUGCCCUUUAUCGUUAAUGAGAGAUAAAAAUAUAACACCAAAUAUUUCGAUA